AUGCGAUAUCACGACUUGCCAAGGGGCACUCAGUGUUGGAAGCCAGUUGAGAAAUUAGGUGAAGGCACAUGUGGAGAGGUUUGGAAGGAACAGUGCCUAUCUGGCACCUCUUCUUCAUCGAGUAUCUUCCGUGCUGUCAAGAUUCUUCCUAAGCGGAAAGGUAGCUUUGCUAAAUCUUCAAGACGGGAAAUUAAGGCGCUUACCACGUUCUCUGACGAUAGGGUCGUCGAUGUGCAGUCAACUAAGCGUUCAAUUGAUUAUCAAGAUGCAUUCCGGAACCCUGAAGCAGCUUCAAUAACGGCUCAAAUCGCCCGGGCUUUGCUUCAUAUGCAUACCAGAAGCCUGGUUCACAGGGAUCUUAAACCUCUGAACAUACUGGUCUCCCAACCAGGUCCAACAUGGCAUGUAAAGGUUGCCGAUUUUGGAAUCACAAGGGACCUGAGUGACACAGUGGCUGGGACACAUCAGAUUGGGACUUUCGGCUACAUGGCUCCUGAACUGUGGCACACGUCUGAACGUUAUACAUCCGCGGUUGAUGUAUGGGCCCUCGGGGCCAUCGCCUUCUGCAUGCGAACGGGAUCGCCCCCUUUUCCCAAUCCCGUGACACUGGCCAACUACCCGGAAGACCCUACCGUGUUUCCCACCCUUAAGCUACGCUCCUCUACCCAGCCUUGCAGAGGGUUCAUCACAGGCGCCAUGGCGGCAAUACCCCAAGAACGAUUAACAAUCGUCGAAGCUGUGGGGCAUUAUUGGCUGUCCAGAGAUAUGAAUGUUUCAAAGAGGUAA